GUCCUGCAGCAGCAGCCGCUGCAGGACUUCAAGUUGGAGACGAACACCCUCCAGUCUGCAGUUGCGAGUCUGGAAGUAACAACGCUGCCACCUGAAACACUCGAGCUGCUCCACACGCGGAUCCAGGACCUUGACCGAGCGACCCAGAAAUUCACGGAGCCUGGGUGUCUCGAGCAGGUGAGACGGACCGUCACCCCGGGUGCAGACGCAGAGAAACUGCGUGCGCAGCUAACUUCUUUGGCCGUUUUCAUUGUUCUGUGCAAGAUCGGCAGACCAAGUGCAAGUAAAGGCCUCCCUUGCAUGAUUUGGCCUGCGUCGCAGCCUAUCGAUCUUGCCAAGACACUUGCUGAAUCUUGGAGCCAGGUGCCUCGAGGACUGCGUCCUGUGUGCUUCACGAUGGAUGCAGGGGUCGCUCCUGUUCUGAAGCAGAGUGGAGCCUUCCUCCACAUCCAGGUCUGCAGCGAGCCCGAGCUUGAAAUCCUACAAAGCACAUGCGGAGUGGACUCCAUGACAUUCUGGAUGGAACGACUGCAAGCCAUGUUACCUGAGCCGGCCCAGAAGCAGAUCACCAGAGGUAAUCCAACCAAACAGUGUGCGGAACUCCCUUUCGGAGAGUUCUCAGACAAAUGCAUGCAAGAUGUGGACAAGAUGAAGAUCAGAGCAGCUGAAGGGAACGGCCGGCCGUCCCAUUCGACCAGACCGGUUCGAGUCGUCACUGCUGACAAGAAGGAACCGGCCUUCGUCGCCACAUGCGGCUGCUCUGCCUUCAUUGGAAGUUACAGCUCGGAGUAUAUGUCUUUGCUGCGCAUCGAUCCAUCGAACCCAUGUCAGGUGAACAAGGAGGUUCAGCUACCCCGUAAUGGCCCACCGCUUGGCAUCGCCAGCUGCGGCAGGCGAGUGGUCGCAAGGUUUCAAUUUCGGGAUAUCAAAGAACUUUAUCUCUUGGACUUGGAGUUGGAGUCUAUGUCAUGGAAACUCCUGGCAAGAGUCAAAGACACUGCUCUCGGCCUCAGCAUGGACAGCAAGGCAGUGUAUUGGGCCGGUUUCAACAGCCAAACGGUUUGCUGUCUGGACCUGCAGACCGGCCAGGAGCACGUGAUCAUGGGCGUUUCGGGCGAAGCAGGGUGCGGCCAGCCUGGCGAGUGGCCCGAGGGCUUCAAGCUUCGGGAUCCGGUUGCCACAGCGUUGCUUGGAACCACCCUGUUCGUCGCAGACCGAGGGAAUGGGAGGGUGCUGAGCUUUGACAUGAGCAGCAGAGAGGUGAACAUCGUGUACCUCGGGGAGCGCCCUGCAGCACUGGCAGCCCACGACCACUUCUUGUACGUUUAUGACCGAUUGAAGCGCCAAGUCUUCAGAGUCUGCUUGGAAAGCAUGGAGACUCGGCCAGUUCUCGGCUCCGGCGCGCAGGGCUUUUCUAGAGACGGGCUGCCGCCGCUUGCCACAAGUCUCGGCGAUGUGUUCUGCGGUGGUUUGAGCAUCACCCCUGGCGGCGAGCUGCUGGUGGCAGAUUAUGAAAAUGGUGUCGUUCGGGCAGUGAGCCUCAAAGAUGAGUCUGUCAGCGGAGCUGUGGCCUUGUUGCCUCCGUCCACAAAAGACUGGCAGUCAGGAUCGGUGAAAGAUGUUGAGCAAACGCCGGAGGAGGAGAGGACUGCCGAUCACCUCAUGCCCUACGCGGCUGCUGCCUGGGAAGCUCAACAUCAGCUUUCGGCCGGAGCUCACAUGUCGCCGCAGCUUGAGCCAAAGCCGAGUACCACCGUCACAGCCACGAUUGACAAGCCUGCCGGAGAUGUUUGCCUCAUGCUCGUGCCUCUCAGACCGGUCACACUCCCUCUAGAUGCAUACUUUGUGCAUAUUCCCGGAUGGGAUGACAGCACCUUCAUCGAAACACUUGGCGCCAUCCGGCAGAAGUGCGAACAAACAAGUGGGGCCGAAGGCUUCACGUCACAUAUGCGAGCAGCAUUUCAAUGGAUGAAAACUUUGGUGACGAACUCCCUCAAAAACGGUCCGAAGAAGCUCUACCUGAGGGAUGUCAAUGUUUUCACAGUCUCCAUGACUUGCAAGUACAAUGAAAAGGAAGAUAGCAACACUUGGCAGAUCACACAGCUAGACAUCAAUGGCAAGACCAGAGGCGAAAAGCUGGAAGCGCUCGCAGUCGGCGUGAAUGUGCCUGUCGCCUUCUUCAUGAUCUCGGCAGACGGGAUUCGGCUGCACGGUACGAAGAGUGCAGAGCCUCCAUCCUUCAACGAGGACAGCCUCAAAUGGAUUCUUGACACCCUCAGUCCGACGGCUGGCGCCAGCCGGUUUACUGAGGUGAUCGCCGAUCCGGAUGCGACCCACAAGAUCAAUGUCACGGAAGGGGCUCAUCACUUCCUGACCGAGCAGCUCUACGCGGCCCCAGGCAACCUGCCGGCUGCAAGGACUGCAAGUCAGCGAGAGGCGAUUCUACGAGCCUUGCAGCCCACGGCCACAUUUGAGAUGAUGAGCCACAUUCCCGUGGAGUUGGUGGAAGCUUCUGGGGAAGAAGCGCAGGCCCUGCGACGGAAGCUACUGGAAGGAGCGACCAUCGUGUUUUUCACCGCAGGUUACCCUGGAAAACGGUUUAUCUACGAGCGGGCCAUGCAGUUGGGUGUCAAGAGUGUCAUCAUCGAGCAUCCAGACAGCUGGGCCAAGUCUCUGGUGGACGAGGGGAUCAUCGCCAAAUUCGUCCCCAUCGACAUGUCUCAGGAUGCGGAGGCCGUCUUCGAGCAGGCUGUCACCGCGAUCCGCGCCCUCGGAAAAGACCCGCUGACACUGGAUGCAGACGCAAUCAUUACCUUCUGCGAGCUCUCCGUUCCCGUGGUGGCGAGGCUGGCGGAAGUCUUGGGCCUUCCGGGGCAUCCGCCCACGUCUGUAGAUAGGGCCCGGGACAAGCAUCGGACAAGGGCAGAGAUGAAAGCAGUCGGCCUCCCGACGCCGAAGAACACACUCAUCAAAGGUGCCCACGAGCUCGAGGAAGCGAUGAGGACGGUGGGCUUUCCGGCCGUACUGAAGCCCAUCUCGGGGGCCGCGUCCCUCGGUGUGAAGAAGGUGAGCUCCGAAGCAGAGCUUAGGGCAAGCUACGUGGAGGUCGUCACGGAGCUGUCGAAGCUGGUGGUGUCAAGUGGGGCCUUGACGCAGGAUGAUGGCACCGGCAAAGGUGUCAAGGCAGAGAAUGCCAUGGACUGCACGAUCCUCAUGGAGCAGUAUCUGGAUGGGAAGGAGGUGGAUGUCGACGUGGUCAUGAGUCAGGGUGAGUGGCGCUAUGCAGCCGUCACAGACAAUGGACCCACACUGGAACCUUAUUUCAACGAGACUUAUGCCGUUUGCCCCUCGCUAUUGCCCUCGGCUCAGCAGAAGGAGCUGAAGGAUUUGGCCAUCUCCACUCUGAAAUGCCUGGGCUUCACGGAAGGGAUCUUCCACGUCGAGUGCAAAUACACCUCCCAUGGCCCCCACCUCAUCGAGGUGAAUGCCCGUAUGGGGGGAGGGCAGGUUCACGAAACCAACUUGCGAGUUUGGGGCGUCGACCUCGUGGAGGAAACACUCUUCGUGGCCGCGGGAAUUCCCUGCCGCCCCUUCAUCCCAGUUAAGAAACCCCCAGGGGGAGGGGUUGCCUACUGCGACAUCAACGCGGAAGAGAGCGGCACGCUGCAGAACCUGGAUUUUCUUACUUCUCUGCAGCAGAAGGAGGGAGUCGUGUGGGCACGCCCCUAUAUUCGCGCAGGAUCUCAG